GAAAUGAAUAACGACGACGUAAUAUGGCACACUAUCAACCAUUCAUUCUGUUCUUUUGUUGUCAAAACUAAAACAGGAAGGUUUUGCAGAAAUGAUGACAAUGUGACAGGAUUGUGUAAUCGACAUUCUUGCCCAUUAGCCAACUCACAGUAUGCCACUAUAAAAGAAAGAGAUGGUAUCAUCUACCUGUAUGUCAAGGAACCUGAACGUAUACCUUAUCCUGGCAAACAGUGGGAGCGGAUUAAAUUGCGCCGGAAUAAAGAACAAGCUCUGAAACAAAUCAAAGAGCACUUAUUAUAUUGGGAUAAAUGGAUAAUAAGUCGUGUUAAGCAGAGAUUUUUUCGCACAAGAGAAUAUCUUAAAAAUAUGCGGCGUUUGGCCUUAUCAAGACAAAAGAAAUUAGAACCUAUUAAUCGUACGGUUGAAAAACGUGAAUUAAGGAGAGAAGCAAAAGCAUUACGUGUAGCACGCAUUGAACGUACUGUAGAACAAGAACUCUUAGAAAGAUUACGCGCAUCAACAUCUUCCAAGGAAAUAUAUAACAUAGAUCAAUCUGCCUUUGAAAAGGCUCUGGAAGCUGAAGAAAUAAAUGAAGAAGAAUCUGAUGAAGAAUACGAGGAAGAAGAAGAAGAAAUCGCCUACACUUCAGGAUCUGACGUUGAAGAUAUUGAAGAUAUCGGAGUGAUCGAUGAGGAAAAUGAAGAAGAGGAAGCUGAACAUAAUCUUGUUCUGACAAAUCCUAAAAAGAAGCGUAAAGUUACCAUUCACUAUGAAAAAGAUGAAUGAACAAUUAUCCCUUUUUUACUGUAUAUAUCUUGUAUAUUUAAGUGAAAUAGACUGUGAGUAGCUUUUUAACUAUACGAAAAUUGGAACCGUUUGAAUUCAUUUGUUCAACAAGC